AUUUUUAAAUUGAGUACUAUCCGUUUCGGAGAAUAACCAUAUAUGUCAAUAGAAAAGUGAUAGUAGUACUAUCUUCCGCUGAUAUGUUCGAUAGGAUUAUUUUUAGCUUUGAGAAAAGAUAAAUUAUGACUCAGACAAUUGCUUUUUUAUUCCUUUUUUAUCAGUAUUUAACAGCUGGAACAGUUGAACUCAUUAAACCCGGUCAACCAUUUUACUGGCAAAUUGGGACACCGUUAAAAAUUCAAUGUGUAUCAUCUGCUGACGAAGUAGAAGAGCUACAGAUUAAAACUGUGCUAGACACUGGAAGCAUGGUUGUUAAAGCGUCUAAAGAAAAGAAAAUUAAUACUCAAUAUGUGGAAGUUCAGCCAGAUAACUUGAGAAAUCUCUCAGCAAUUUUUAGUGAAUUACGACCAGGCUCAAAACGCUUAGAAUUUUUUUGUACUGUUGGAUCAACAGUAGAUUUUGUAGAAAUAUUCCCAUUUAAUCUUACUACCUCAAUAACGCAAGUACGGGGAAAAGAUACAUCAGCCGAUCUAAAGUGUCGAGCAACUUUUUCGGAUACUUCGAAUAUACAACUUAAAGUUGCCAAUGCUUAUUGGAAAAUUGGAGAACAGACUAUAUUGCAUAAUAAAAGUAUGGGGAAAUAUAAACCCAAGUUAUUACAAAACCCAAGAGAAGCCAUCCUCGAUCUUCGAAUAGAAAAAGUUGUUCAUAAAGAUGCUGGUAAUUAUACAUGCAUAUUUGAAAUGUCUUCCCGUGUUAAUUUUACAGGAGUUGCUGUAUUGAAUUCAGACUUAUCACCUGCAGAUUCAGGGUAUCCUAUGCAUCGUAUAACUACUGCAUUACUCAUUUUACCAACUGUAGUUUAUGUGUUUGCCACUAGGUGUUGCUGAGUGUCUCUCCCAACUUAGUUUUUUUUUACAAUUAUUUUUAACUGCCGUGCUUCUAAGUGACAAGUUGAUAUCAUUUAACUUAUUUUAAUAUGCAUUUAUAUAUACAUAUAUAAAUAGUACAAUUGAUGUAUUUGUCAAAAACAUUCGAGUGCAAUUUGUGUGGAAUUCUUCUAAUAAUUUCAUAUUUUUAUUUUAAAAUUAAGUACUUAAAUAUUGACG